AUGCCUCGAGUCAGUUUCAGCCAGGUCAGGAAAACAUACGCCAACAGGCUUCUAGCGCCUCUCCUUAAUGCUACCAAAAGUCUAAACCAAGCAGAAAAUGAACUACGAUGGAUAAAACAGGAAUUGCCUGAACCCCAGUGGAGAAGUGCUGUGGCUCGAAGAGGCCGUCUUGAACCACUUCAGUAUAUCUUAGGAAGCCAGCCAUUUGGACCACUAGAUAUAAAGUGCAGCAAGAAUGUUCUUAUACCAAGAUGGGAGACUGAAGAUUGGGUGCUGAAGUUGGCAGAGAGGGCUAAAUCAUGGGGUUCUUUGAGAGUGUUGGAUGUGUGCACUGGCUCUGGAUGUGUAGCACUCCUACUAAAGAAGCAGCUACCGAAUGCUAAGGUCGAGGCAAUUGAUAUUUCUGAAGAUGCUGUUGCUUUGGCUGAAGAGAAUAAGGUGAAUUUGGGCUUGGAAGUGGAAGUUCGUAAUGGUGAUGUGCUACAACAUGACAUGUACAGCCAGUUAUGGGGAGAUACGAAGUUUGACAUUGUGGUUUCUAAUCCACCUUACAUUCCUCGAAAAGACUAUGAAGCUCCAGUAUUAGCAAACGGGACUGAAUUGUCGGUGAAACUAUACGAACCAGAGUUGGCGUUGGUCGGACAUUUGGAGUUCUACAAAGCUCUAGUCCACAAUGUAGUGGAGCCGCUGCAGUGUAAUGCUUUCGUAUUUGAAUUGGGCUACGAAGACCAGGCUGACCAGGAUGGGAAACAGCAACGUUGA